AUGGCAUGUAUUCUAAAGGGGCUCAACCUGCUCUGCACAACUAGCGAAUGGUCGGAGGGAUUUACAGUGCAUGGAGGAAACCGUCCCAGCAACUCAACAACAGCAAAAUCUGGUCGUUCCCGUCCGUCCGUCGUCAGCUCCACGAUGGCCUCCAGCCAAAGUGGCAGCGACCAGUUGGCCACGGACAGAGAAAUUCGGCAAGCCGACGCAGACGCCAAUUCCACACAGACUUCUUCGUUGACUGCCAUCUUGGUCGGUCUCAUCUCGGCCAUCAGCAUGUUCGCCUGCUUCAGCAUUGUCCUCGGUUGUGUACUGCACCGAGUCAAGAAGCGGCAUCAUCGACAGUCUUCACACUAUCAUCCACACGAUGCACACCUUCAUUCACAUCUGCACACAAACGCCAGCUACCAGCAUCCGAUGAGUGCAUCCGACCAGAAUCAUCAUUCACAUUUCCAUUCGCAGCAGCAUCUGCUCAGAAACGAGACCGGCUACGAUGCCGGAAUACUGCGGCCAGUCAAUGGGGUGACCAACAGUCAAGUGGCAGAGUCAUGGGCUCUCAUGAAUGGUACCGGAGUUUUUUCCGGAAAUCGUGGGAAUGACUUGUGCGUCGGUGCUGGGCCUGAAGGUUAUUUGACCACGCCGAAUGGAGAUCGCGCAGCCAUGUCGUGUUGUCCGAGCAAGUCGCUAUCCGUCCAAAGUGAGGAAAGCGAAAGCAAUCACAGAUUGAACAUGUGCUAUGGUGGCAAUUCGAAGAUAUGCCGGUUGAAUGGUGACCAUAGCAACAACAGCAUAGGCUACCGGGAUGCAGAAUAUCAUCAAAAUCUAAUUUCUAUGAGUCAUGACUCCUCGCCUCACCACUCAAGUGAGCUAAAAUUUAACUGA